AUGGAGAGCGUCGACGCGGCGCUGCGCUACCUGCAGCGGCAGUUCGCGAGUGUGGCCAGCGACGAGGCGCAGUGGAACGAGGAACGCCAGCGGCUGCAGGCGCAGGUGCGCGAGCUCGAGGACCAGCGCAGCGAGCAGGAGCAGGCCUACAAGGACGCCAUGCUGCGCGUCAAGAUGCUCGAGUUCGCGCUGCGGCAGGAGCGCGGCCGUUACCUGGCGUCGCCCGCCGUUGUGCCCAGCACGGGGGGGCCCGGCACCAAGCCCCGCUCCGAGAGCGCCGAGGUGUCGCGCGGCGUGACGGUCUCGCGCUCCAUGGAGCGGUCCAAGUCGGCGCGCGCCGCCGAGCAGCCGUCGCCCGCGCCGUCCCCCGCGGGCAGCCCCAAGUCGUACAGCAUUUAUAGAUCAGAUAGCAGGAACAAGAGCGCGUCCAGCACGCCCAAGAACUCGCAGGGCAAGGGCACGGAGAUCACGCGGCCCCGGAUGAUGUCGCGCACGGCGUCGGGCCGCGAGGUGGAGCGCGAGAUGAACAGGACGGCGUCUGGGCGAGAGGUGGAGAGGGAGAUGACCAGGAGCGCCUCGGGCUCUGGCCGAGAAGUGGAGCGCGAGAUGAACAGAACAGCCUCUGGGUCCGGCCGAGAGGUGGAACGAGUAGAACGCACAAUUGAGACGGCAAAGCUGCCGAAGUCUGCGGUCAUCCCAAUUGCGCCGAAGGGAUCUUACCGGGCGCACAAGUUGAAGGUGAAGCUGUCGGGGCACAUGGAUGGAGUGCGGGCGCUUGCAUUUCACCCGACCGAACCGAUGCUGGUGUCGGGUAGUGAAGAUUGCACGGUGAAGGUGUGGAACUUGUCGAGUGUGGCGAGUGGCCCGCCGUCGCAGCGGGCGACGGAGGUGGACUCGGUGGUGACCAUGCGGACGCACAUGCAGAGCGUAUUGUCACUGGCCGUGUUUAGCGCUGAAAAUUACCCCGAUUGCCCGCCUGGAAGAUCCGGGGCGUUCGCAUCCGCAGGUCGCGAUGGAGCAUUGCACCUCUUCCACUUGCCGAGUACAGAAAACGACAAGCCAGAGCCGCACACAUACGAGGAGUAUGAGGGUGUGAAGGUCCAUUCUAUCAAGGACGCACACGACGACGCAAUUUGGGAUCUCCACGCACACCCGCUGUCAAACGUCUUGUUUUCGGCUGGUGCAGAUGCUGUUGUGCGGACAUGGGGAGUAACAUCGGAAAUGACGCUCCAAGGCGAGCUUCGUUGUGCAGCCAAAACGAACACAAACGGAACUGGGCCGAACAUUCGUGGCUUUUUGGUGCCUACAUCGGUUCAAACAAUGCUUACGGACCCGAAGACGUGCGUGGUCGGCUACACUAAUGGAUCAAUCGCUCAGUUUGACUACGCUGCUGAGCGUGUCAUUCAGCUGACACGAGCCAUUGACGUUGAUACAAAGGGACGAGGGGGCCAAGUGAAUAAGUUGGCUGUACACCCGACGAUGCCGAUUGCUAUUGCAGCCCACCAAGACCGAAAAAUCCGGAUGUACGACAUGCGAGCAGGCGAGUGUGUCGGCUCUCUUACUGCGCACCAGGACUCCGUUACAUCUUUGUCGAUCGACGCGGCGGGACUUUACCUUGCUUCCGGUGGUCACGACGGUUCUUUGCGUGUCUGGUCGGUGGCGGAUCGCCACUGCGUUUUCGAGCAAACGGCACACCGGCCGAAGAUGGGCGAGGCAGUGCACUCGGUGUCAUACCACCCGACUCGCAACUUCAUCGCCACGGGCGGCGCUGACAGUACAAUAAAGAUCUUCCAGUGA